CCUUUUCCGCUAAGGUCGCCAUCAUGGUAAGACGGCAUGCCUUGAAUUACAGUUGAACUAUUAGAAUUAAUUUGUUCUUCUGAAUGCAAUAAAGUCUAAUUUAUAUAAAUUCGUUUGAAAUAUAAAUUAAAUACUUAUUUUAUUUGAUCAUAACGAGUGCUAUAAUGUAUUUUUGUACACAUAACCGUAGCCUACAUGUAUACUACUAGUCACUAGUACUAGUCCCACUCACUGUGAACUGUGCUAUUACAAAUUACUGUCAAUGGCCGUCAAGUCUUGACUGUGAGGCCCUAACCUUUUUAAUUUCAACAGUGUAAAUAUUUCUGUUAACUCGGAAAUACUGAUCAGUAAGCUACUAAACAAAACAUUACAUUUUCUAAAAAUUAAUAUCUAUUACCGGUAUAUACCGUAUUUAUUGGCGUAUAACGUGCACUAUUUUCUCCCCAAAAAGAGGGCAAAUUAUGUGUGCGUGUUAUACGCAGAUAAAAUGUUACGUUUUUUUUCCUGAAAUUUCCUUCUUAAAUUGAGGGGUGUGUUAUAUGCAGGGGCAUGUUAUACGCCAAUAAAUACGGUAAUUAUGAUUAUUUCCAAUGAGUUACUUCAGUUACUGAGUCAGCAUUUGACAUUGAUUUUGAUUUAAAUUUCAUUCUGUUCUUUAGUUUUACUUCUUGGCCCAAUGAAUUAAGCUGUGGCUAAAAUAGUAAUAUACUUUGUAUUUACAAAGUAAAGCCUGUCUAAAUCUGUUUUGCGUGGGUCCUCUGUUCCAUGUGAUAUCUGGUCAGAGCUAAAAUGUAGUUAGCGACAGGGCCGGCAAUGUCUGUUACAGGGUGUAUGUCAUGUCAUUUGAUAGGCUUUUUUCUAUUUUUUUAUUGGGGGGGGGGGGGGGGGGGGGGUUUCCCCCGCAACCCAGAAAUUAUCUUGUAUAUUAUUUUUAUGUUGAAAUUGGAGGGAGGGGACAAUUCAACAUGCUUUUCUUGGUAGGGAAUACCACCCAACACACUUUCAAGUCAAAGUAGAGACAGGGAUCCGGUAAUUAAAUAACACUGCAAGUAAAGUAAACACAAAUCUAAUAAUUGAAAUCUUUUGAAUACAGUAAUACAUAGCUAGAAGGACGGAAGUUGACAAGGGAUGUACCGCCAUGGCCUAUAAACCAUGGACAUUGAACACAUCAUGUUUCUUAACACUAACCCACACUUAGCGAUCCUAUCAUAUUCAUUGACAUGCACUGUAGCUUAGAGAAAAGUGAUACUUUUAUUACCAGUGGAAAUUAGACAUUGUCGCCUCGCUAUGUGAUUUCCCUAUUUCAUCAUAGUAUAGUCAAACUCGCACAUAUGGACAAAGUUAUAUGGCAUAAUUAUUGUGAAGACUGAAAAGCAGAUGCCCUAAUACUAAUAUAUUGAAAUUAUUGUAAAUUAAUUAUGUAACCUUAUAGUAUAGUCCUAUAUGACUAAAGCUUAUGUAGAGACUAAACCUUUCUUUCCCCUAUAGUUAUAUAUAAAAAAAUACCAGGCACAUUUGGGAAGAAAAAAAAAAUUCACAUUUCAACCUUGAAGUUGAAGCAAAUCAGAUGUCACUCAUGAGUUGGGCAAAAUAAAUGCUUUGUAGCCACUGCUGCCUGAAAAUAAAUUUGUAUCCUAACAUAUCCUUCCAUCUGUCCAGAGCUACAUUUCCCGGUUCUAUUGUUAGUUUCAACCUCUUGGCAGUUCCAUGCUUUUUAUAGCCAGACUUGGACUCAUCGCUAAGUGUUGCACUUUCUUUUAUUCCAUGGGUUACAACUUUUAAUUUGGAUUUUUUUCUUUCAACUUUAUGCCUUUGAUUACAGUAAAUUUAUUGACCUAGGCUUAUCUAAUAUUAAAUUAGGCCUAUUAGUUUUGCUUCAAUAUCUUGCACUUUCUUUUAUUCCAUGGGUUACAACUUUUAAUUUGGAUUUUUUUCUUUCAACUUUAUGCCUUUGAUUACAGUAAAUUUAUUGACCUAGGCUUAUCUAAUAUUAAAUUAGGCCUAUUAGUUUUGUGUUGUAAUCCACAGUCCCAGCUCCGCACCAGCUGAUUUGUGCUGGUGACGACCGUUCUAACCUGUGGACAUUAAUUUGUCUGUCUCGCUAUGUGACUAGUCUUUUUAUAGACUAAAUCACACGUAAAGACAGGCACACUUAUCGUUUACUAUGUUGAUAACCAGUACUCAGUUAAUUGUCUGACUAAUCCCUAUCUUUAACUUACUUUGACAUACAUUUGCUAGCACACUUACUGAUGUUAAUUUGUUAAUUUUGUUUGUCUAUGAAGUUAAUCAUAUAGCUCCCAGCUGUUAAAUAAAACUUGCAUUUCUCUAUGAUUCAUAGACACCAAGGGUUGAUGCACUGCAUGAUUGUUAUGAAAUUUAAUUUUCUGCAGACCUGUUUAUUCGGGGGUUUGUGUCAGAGUAGUUUUCAGCUCUCAAAAAUGUAGUUUCAAGCUCCAAAGAGAAGUUUUGGCGGGGGUGGGGUUUUAAAAUCAAAAUACAAGUUUUGUCAGCAAAUCCCCUUGGCAGCAUUGCUGCCUAUAAAAUGUAGCAUAAUGAAAUGUACGAGUUAUUGUUAUUCACUGUGAUAAAUAUAUAUAAAUGUCUUUCAUCUACUUUGAAUGAAAAGUGACUUUUAUUGAAUAUGCAAUGCAAAAAGUUAUUGUAUACAUUAUACCGUUACUUUUUAUUUAUUUGCUAUUACAAUGCAAUAUUGUACUAAUUUAGAUGCAAAUGGCUAUUCUGAGAGUACUAUAUUGGGAGUCCCAGUGUAACCAGGUCUCUUGGUGAGUGUUGCAAUCCACAGUCCCAGCUCCGCACCAGCUGGUUUGUGCUUGUGUCGACCGUUCUAACCUGUGGACAUUAAUUUGUCUGUCUCGCUAUGUGACUAGUCUUUUUAUAGACUUAAUCACACGUAAAGUCAGGUACAAUUUAUUGUUCAGCAUGUUGGUUACUAGUACCGGUACUGUAGUAUUGUAUCAAGUAAAUAGAUCACCGAGUAAGGACAUUAGGUUGUGGCAUGUAAUUGUCUGACUUUAUUUAACUGACUGACAUAAAUUUACUAGCACACUUACUGAUGUUUAUUUCUUAAUUUUGUUGUCUAUGAUGUUAAUCAUAUAGCUCCCAGCUGUUAAAUAAAACUUGCAUUUCUCCCUGAUAAAGGCACCAAGUGCUGAUGCACCCCAUCAUUAUAAGAAGCCUUUUUUUUUUUUCUUUUAUGUUGACCAACGUACAUUUGAUGUGCUUUUUAAAAAAAAUCAACGCUAAGAGACAAACUUCAUUUUUUGUUGCAAUCCACAGUCCCAGCUCCGCACCAGCUAGUUUGUGCUGGUGACGACCGUUCUAAACUGUGGACACUAACUAGGCUUUAUGUCUUUGUCUGUCUCGCUAUGUGACUAGUCUUUUCAUAGACUAAAUCACACGUACAGACAGGUACAUUUCAUUGUUCAGUAUGUUGUUUACCAGUACUGUAUUAAGCAAAUAGAUAAAUGAUCAAAACAUCAGAGUUGUGACUUGUAGAUGUCUGACUUAUCACUGUCUUUAACUCGGUGUGAUGCACAUUUACUAGCAGUGAGCACACUUAGCUUUGUUAAUUUUGUUGUCUAUGAAGUUAUUAAUUAAAAAUCACAAUUCUCUCUGAUAUAGACAUCAAGGGUUGACUGUGCAUCAAUGUUUUGAAAUUUGUUUGCAUCAGCGUUAUUGCUAUAUGGAUCUCCAAUAGGCAUCAGCUUCUGCUGAACUUUAAUACAAAAGUGUUGUUUUUACUAACAUACACAACUCAUAGUGGAGCAUAAAUGAUGCCUUCCAUCUUUAUCUGGCCUGAUCUACCUUUUGCAGAUCAUUCUGCGACUUCCUUGGUGUCUGUACCUUAUGUAAAUGAGGACCAAGGUUUAGAUCUGCCUCUUUUUUUAUGUUUGCCCUGGGUACUACUAUACGUUGAAUAGUGUUAAGUGCUUUUUUUUUUUUUUUUUUCAAUUUUGUUCCUUUGCCUUAAUUAAAUCUUGAUGUACUUUUUUUUUUUAAUAACUUAUAGACAAUCUUUUUCAUUUUGAAGUUUUUUGCUACAAUCUCCAGUCCCAGCUCCUCACCAGCUGAUGCCUCUUUUUUUAUGUUUGCCCUGGGUACUACUAUACGUUGAAUAGUGUUAAGUGCUUUUUUUUUUUUUUUUUUCAAUUAUGUUCCUUUGCCUUAAUUAAAUCUUGAUGUACUUUUUUUUAUCAAUAACUGAUAGACAAUCUUUUUCAUUUUGAAGUUUUGUGCUACAAUCCACAGUCCCAGCUCCGCACCAGCUGGUUUGUGCUGGUGACGACCGUUCUAACCUGUGGACAUUAAUUAGGCUUUAUGUCUUUGUCUGUCUCGCUAUGUGACUAGUCUUUGCAUAGUCUAAAUCACACGUAAAGACAGAUACAUUUUAUUUUUCAGUUAUGCGUUGACCAGUUUGAUUCGAGCUGAAAUUUUAUUAUUAUAACAUUACACUGGCUGCAUUGGAUUUUUUGGGGUAUUUGAGGGUUAAUUCUUUGUACCUGUCUCGCAUGCUUUUUUCAGUAUCAUUCUUAUAAGUAACCCUAAAGUUUGUAGUUUUUUUGUGGUAACGUUUGUUUGGCUUUGUGAUAUUGUAACUUUUUAAACUAUUAUUGGAAGAUUUUUCUGCAUAUGUUUAUUAUAUGCAUGAGAUCUUUUUCUAAAGAUGGGUGUUGCAAUCCACAGUCCCAGCUCCGCACCAGCUUGUUUGUGCUGGCGACGACCGUUCUAACCUGUGGACAUUAACUUGGCUGUCUAGCUAUGUGGUUUUUCUCUUCAUUGACUGAAUCACACGUAAAUACAGUGACAAAAUUAACUAAUACGCCUGUCAGCAUUUCUUUUGCAUUAAAUAUGUUUUCCAUUCUUUACUCAAACAAAUCUAUUUAUCACAGACUGUGAAGCGAAGAAAUAACGGACGCAACAAGAAGGGCCGUGGCCAUGUCAAAUAUGUUCGAUGCACCAACUGUGCCAGAUGUGUCCCAAAAGAUAAGGCCAUCAAAAAGUUUGUGAUCAGGAAUAUUGUUGAGGCUGCAGCUGUACGAGAUAUUUCUGAUGCUAGUGUUUAUGAAAGUGAGUUUUCAUAUUAUGUACCGUACAUAUUCAUGUGCUUGUCACAACUGCUCAAUACUAUGCACAUGUUACUGUAAGUUUUAGUUUUAAAAAAUUUAAUGUAUUUGUGUACGGUAUAUUAUUGUCCUUCUGUGUAUUUUAAAACACUUAAAUAUUUUUAAUUACAGUGUAUGCUCUCCCCAAGUUGUACGCCAAGCUUCUAUACUGUGUGUCAUGUGCUAUCCACUCAAAAGUUGUCAGAAACAGGUCCAGAGAAGCCAGAAAAGACAGGACCCCUCCUAUUAGGUUUAGGCCCAUGCGUGUAAGUAUUGGAAUUGUUUGUACAUAAAAAUGUACCGCCUAAAACAAUGCACAAAAUAAAGCUUAUUGAAAUAACUAUUUGUUGUAACCUCUGGAGCUGACACUUACUGCAUUUGGCAUUAAAAUCAAUUGAAAAGUGACACCACAAAGGACUUACCUGGUAGUAAUAUUUGUGCUUUGAUCAGUAAAAACAAAAGAAAUAGGUGAUAUGUAUUUGCCUUGUUAUAAAUAUUAUAAAUCUGGGAGUUAAAAGAAAUUGUUUCCUUUUUUUUUUUUUUUAACCUGAAUUGGCUCUAAUCAGGUAAAAACAAUAUGUCAAUAUUGUCAAGCACUCUUCUGUAUUUAGAUAUUGAUGAUGGCUAUUAAUUUGCUUUUGAUCUGUUUAAAAUGAUAAGGAACAUCAAUGUUGGCAUUUUGUUUUUUUUAUUGUACUGGGUACCAGGUAAAGAGUUUGCCAUUAAUCUUUUUUUUUUCUUUCUUUAGGAGGGUCAAGGUGGUCCAAGGCCUGGUGGACAGGCACCUGGUGCAGGUCGAAACCAAUAAAUAUGUGCCCCAAAUCUAAUAAAUAUUUGCUCUAUCUGCCAACAUGUUAGUGCAAAGUGUAAUAAAUCUUAAAAAGUAUU